AUGAAUGUACCAUGCAACAUGCAGCCAACGACCAAGAGCGAUGUGUACACCUUCGGCGUCGUGUUGUUCGAGCUGUUCACGGGGAGGCCGGCCAUCCUACGGGAUCCGGAGCCCACAGGCGUUACCCGGUGGGCGCGGCAACACAUGGCGCGGGGCAACAUCGAGGGCGUCGUGGACCCGCGCAUGCACGGCGACUACGACGUCGAUAGCGUGUGGAAGGCUGCGGAGAUCGCCCUCAAGUGCACUGAGCAGGCCUCGACACAGCGGCCCGCAAUGACCGACGUGGUGGCGCAGCUGCAGGAGUGCCUCGAGCUAGAGGAGGGCCGCACCGGCGGUUACGAAAACACCAGCUUCUACACCGGCAGCGGCAGUGGCAGCAGCAGCAACGACCCCAACUUGGGUUACAACGCGUACGCCUCUGAUGGCCAGUCCAUUGACGUGAGCUAGAGCAGCGCUGCAUUCGAGAUGGACCAUAGUUUUGGGAAGGUGCCAAUAGUGAACAGAGGUCCUGUUGCAAGAUAAGGUUCUUCGUGGGGUUUCCAGUGAUGUUGUUUCACCAAAGCAAGUUCGACUAUACAAAGAUUCAGACAAUAGAAGUGUGUGCAGUUUUGCCCUAAAGGAGAAAAUAAGUGUAUUUAGUUUUAUUUUAUUUUAUUGGAAGACCUAAGAGUUGAUAUACUGCUUUGUCUGUUCUUGUUCUUCCUACGGAAGGACACCCCACCACUUCCUCAAUGAGUGUACUUGUCUAU